AUGGUGUUCCCACGUGAUCGUACCUGCUUUUCCAAAGAACAAGCACACACUUCAUUAUACUAGGAAACAGCUUCGAACGGAAAAAAAGACAUUGUUCUAGUGUUUUAAAGAAAUGACAAGAUGAAGUUAUUUUUGUUGCUUUUUUUCGGUCACCUUGCAUCUCCAGUGAGACAUAACCUGAAGUAUUUGUUCACUGCUUCUUCGGGAGUCCAUACACUUCCAACGUUCGUGGCAGUGGCGAUGGUGGACGAAGUUGAGAUUAUGUACUGUGAUAGUAACACUAAAGUCAUAAACUCCAAACAGCUUUGGAUGGAAAAAAUAUUUGAAGAUGAGCCAAGUCAUUUAGAUUGGUACAAUCAACGAUGUGCAAGUUAUGGAGAGAUCUUCAGAGAGCAAACUGCCGAUAUAAUGCUGGACCUAAACCAACGAGAAGGUGACCACAUUCUUCAAAGAUCAAGUGGAUGUGAAUGGGAUAAUGAUACUGGAGAAGUUAUUGGCUUUAGAUGGUAUGGUUAUGAUGGAGAAGACUUUCUAAAACUUGACAUGAAGACAACGACAUGGAUCCCUGGAAAACCCCAAGCUGAGUUAACCAAACACAAGUGGGAUAACAAUACAGAUAACAAUAGAUUUUGGAAAAACUUCCACACAAAUACUUGUCCUCAGUGGUUGAAGAAGUAUUUGUCCUAUGGAAGAAACUCUCUUUUGAGAACAGAGAUUCCAUCAGUGUCGCUCCUCCAGAAGAAACCUUCAGCUCCAGUGAGCUGCCAUGCUACAGGGUUUUUCCCUGACAAAGCUGAGAUGUUCUGGAGGCAGGAUGGAGUGGAGCUUCAUGAGGGAGUAGAGAAAGGAGAAAUUCUUCCCAACAAUGAUGGAACCUUCCAGAUGAGUGUUAACAUGGAACUUACAUCAAAUGCAUCUGAAGACUGGAAGAGGUAUGACUGUGUGUUUCAGCUCUCUGGUCUGGAUGACAUCGUUACCAAAUUAAACAAAGCAAAGAUCAAGAAUAACUUAGUUUCUCCCACAGAGUUUGUGACAGUGACAGCAGUCACUAUCACUGUCAUUGUUGUCAGCCUGCUUCUGUUGGGACUCUGCAUUGCUGGAUUUUUUAUCUGGAGAAGGACCAAUAAUGAAUUCCGACCUGCAAGAAGACAACAUUGAAUUCCUCAGUGAUAACAGUGAGUAUUUUAUUGGUUCAUUUAUGCUGUAUAGAUGUGGUUUAAACUUCAUUUUCUGUGAACUUCCAUAACUACCAUAAAUACCUGUCCCAAAUUACAGAUCUUGAUUAAUUUUGAUGGUAAGAAAGACCAGUGAAAAUAUGAGGCUUUUAUCUCCAAUAGUUUUUGAGAUGUUCUUGUUUAAACAUUGCCAAAGAUUUCAGUAUGCAAAAAAAUGGGAUGGGAGGGAGGGAUGAUCAGUGAAAAUGGGUGUUUAUAAAUGUUACGGUCUGUGGUGGCGAAAAAAAAUCGUCCAAAAAACAGUCCUAGUCCAAAACAGUUCAAAAACCCGGCUGCACCUCCAGCAGCAGGGGACACAGUCCCAAAAAGAAAAAGAAACAGACUCACCGCAAGUCUGACGGUAGAAUAACAAAGUUCUGGCAGCCAGCCUGAUGGAUAGUGACAGCAGGAACAUAGCUGGGGCAUCCUGCCAUGGGUCCAGCAGCGGCAAGACAGUUCCGGUGGUCUGCCCCGGGUGGCGUGGCAGCAAAACGACAUUUCCGGUGGGCGGUGGCAGGUCCGGCGGAAGCAGCAUUGCAGCUCUGGUGGCCUGCCACGAGUCCGGUAGCGGUGGCGCGCUGACCUCCGGCUCGAGCAGAGCGGGUCCUGGCGGCGCCGGCGCUUC